GGGUUUGUUUUGUUUAUUGGUUCUUCAUGGGUUUAUUUCUUGGUUUUAUUUGGGUUCUGUUCUGUUCGCUUGCUGGGUUGGAUGUUACAUCUUGUCAUGCAUAUGUCCCCCUUCUUCCUGGUGAUUGACUACUUUGUCUGUAUGUCCUGCUGCCCCUGGAUAAUAGGAAAAUUUGGACGAAAUGGAAUGGAAUGGAAUUGAAUUGAAGCACUGCCUCUCCUCUCUUCUCUUCUCCCUUGACCCCUUGGCUACCGAGUGUAGAUGGUGCGCUUCAUGGAUUUAGUUGGGGCAAGUCUAUGUAAGAACGUAGUUGUUAGUUUCAUGUGCUUUCUUUUCAUAAUCCUGUUAUGUGCCGUUUGUUGGUCUGUUUGUUUAAAUGAAUGCUGCCUUUCUAAGAUUGUGCCAUGACCCUAGAUGCGCAACGCCGUUCGUAUUGGAGUCCUUAGGUCUGUGUGUUUGUUGUUGUUGAUGUUGUUGAUGUUUCUAAUAAUAAUCUCCAAUGGAAGAGAGGGAUGGGAAGGGACGGGAAGGGAAGAGAAGAGAAACUUACAGCGCCGCAUGCGCCGCAGGUCUUGCUCUCCCCGGAGAAGGAGACACCGCACUUGGGACAGCAUGAGUUAUGCAUAUUUGCUGGUUGUGGUGGAUGUAGUGUGUUGGUUAUUUGUCAGACAGGAACGUAGUGUAAUGUAGUGUAGAGUGAAGCUUCGCAAAAGGCAAGAGACAGUGGAUGACGACAAAGUUGUAGAUAGAAGGGAU